UUAAUUCAACACUUAAUCAAUAAAAGCCAUGCUAAUAGAGUAAUAGUCAUUGCCAUAUAUCACCUUCAUCCUACACCUUCACAUUACUAAUAUGAUGAUAUUUCCAUUAAUAUUUAUCAUCUUCCUACGCCUUGAAUUUGUUUUAUCAACCUCGAAUCAUUCCUUUGUAAGCUUUGGUUACACAGCCGGAACGAUCGAUAAUUUUGGAAAAAAAAGCCUUCAAAAUCUCUUAGUGACCUUUACAUCCCAAACCUUAAGUACCGGGUUUUAUAACUUUAGUACUACCUUCCCCGGAACUCCCAAUCAGCUGCACGGCCUUUACCUUUGUCGAGGUGAUGUCGUUGACCCCCUAGCUUGCUAUUGUUGUAUUAAUUCUGCUAAAAACUAUAUCUUAGAAAAAUCAUUUUAUGGAAGACAGGGUUUCGUUUGGUAUGACCUUUGUAUGGUAAGAUACUCGAAUGAGUCGUUUCUUGGCAAGUUGGAUACAGAGAUAUCGAAGGCCUCUUGGCACGACGAUCAUAAAAUCAAGGGUAGUCGUAGAAUUCAUUUGAUGAAAAUUCUAAGGAAUACGUUGAAGGCCUUGGCCAUCCAAGCCUCGAAUGUUUUAAAUGGAAAUAAAUUUGCUUCAAAAGUUGUCAAGUAUACAAGGUAUGAUUCUUUGCACGCGAUGGUCCAAUGUACACCGGACUUGUUGGCUAGCGAUUGUUACAAGUGCUUGACAAGCGCGAGACAGAUGCUACUGAGUCAUCCCAGCAGCUUAAGUGGAGAUGCUAUAUACAGUAGUUGUAUGGCUCAAUAUAAGACUACUACUCUCGCAUUCAAUAACAAAUAUUCAACAAGUGAAGAGGUUAAGCCCAUGCCGUUUCUCCCAUCUACAGCAGCCACUAAUUCGGCACCAAUUUCACUAACAGGAACACAACUCGAUGAUCCUGCAGAUAGAAGUGAAUGAUCUAUGGAAUAACGAUGGAUUGUAGUCGAGCACACGAACUAUAUAUAUAAUGAGCUGAGCUUCCCUAUAAAACAAUGUGGUAAACUGGUAAUAAAUUAAACUGGUAGUUUGGGUAACAUAUUGUAACGAUCUAUGUUGUUUCAUUUGCUACAAAAUAUAAGAUAAAAAUUUCUCUGUAUUAGACAUGUAACUUGCAUCAAACUGCUGUAUAACAUACUUCAUAUAAGCAUGGAGUGAUACGUAUAACAUAUUUCAUAUAAUGCGAAGAUGAUGCUUUAUAUCAAUAUUUCUAA